UGCUUAUUCACCGUUCCUGCAUCUAGCCAGGUCGCAUUGGUGGCAUUCAGGUGUGAAUAUUCUAGAAUAUAUCUGCUGUCUUGAUUAUAUCCUGUUGAGUGGUCGCACCUUCAGGUUUGCUUAUCACCAUUGGUAUACGGAGCACACGGCGGGUUCAAAGCUAGUAACAGCGAUGGUUGAGCUUCAACCCAUCUUUAAGAAGGCCUACUGGGCACUGGCAGCCGGUGGAAUCUUCUAUGCCAUAUUCGUCUGUGCCAUGACGUAUCCCGUAGUCCAAAGAUUUGCCCUCUACGUCAAUAAAAUCAAUCCCACUGCGUGGCAGGACGUCAACCUGGUCGAAUCAUUCGGCUUUCUCAAAACGCAGGUCCAGCCAUUUAGCAUCGUGACUCCUGAUAACGAGACACUCUAUGGAUGGCAUCUCCUGCCCCUGCAGCUGUGCCACGAGCAUGAAGAGGAACUAAAUGCAAACGAACCCGACGGACCAGCAGACGACUACACCCAAACCACUGCAUUCAAGCUCCUCAAAAAUGACCCGAAUGCCAGGGUAGUAGUCAGCUUCCACGGCAACGCCGCCCACCUCGCAUCCGCCCAGCGACCCGACAUCUAUCGACAAGUCCUGGGACUCUCAACACCCCAAAACCCCGUCCAUGUCUUUGCCAUCGACUACCGCGGGUUCGGCCUCUCAAGCGGCACUCCCACAGAAGAGGGCCUAAUUACUGACGGUGUAUCCCUGCUAAACUACCUCACCUCCGGCCCACUGAACAUCUCCCCGUCACGCAUCGUAAUCAUGGGCCAGAGCCUAGGAACAGCCGUAAGCGCAGCCGUGGCAGAGCGCUUUGCAUUCGGCUCCUCAGACCCCACUGCCAUCCAGCCAGCAAUCAAGGACCCGGAACCCUUCGCCGGCGUUAUCCUGCUAGCAUCCUUCAGCAACGUGCCAAGUCUGAUCGAUUCCUACAGUCUAAAGGGAAUCACACCUCCAAUGCUCUCCUUGCUAACCAACUACCCUCGGGCACACAACUGGGCAAAGAGCCACAUCGUCGAUCGCUGGGACACCGCCGCUAGAGUCGCACGUCUGUCGGGGGUAAACACCAACAUUACGAAAGACGACCCUAACCCCGCUUACGCGAACAAGGGUCUCGACCUCUUCAUCAUCCAUGCAGCAAACGACGUCGAGAUCCCCUGGCAGGAGGGCCGGCGGGUCUGGAUCGCCGCCACGGGCGAGGACAUCCCCGGUGGCCCUGGCAGGAUAGUUCACGAACGGAAGGACUCUAACGGACCGAACGAAGUGCAGAUCUGGGAAAACCAGUCGACGAAGGACAACGCAGUUGUUAAGCGCGUCAGAUGGGAGCGCGUUAGCCAUGGCGGCCACAACCGCGUCGCAACCUUCUCCGUCGCCGCUCUUUCGGUGAUGAGGGCUUUUGAGAAGUGAAUCUCAUGCCACCACAUCUCGCCAUCAACCCCACAUAGACUAUUAUUAGAUAUACAGGCUAAAUGCAGACUGGGGCUUCCACAGGGCUUGCAGUCUCAAAUUCUGUUAACCAAUAGAAUCUUUGAACUGAGCGAGAUGUAAAAGGAAUCGCGAAAAUCCACUUAUAAGGCAGGCCAAUCAUGAAAGAGCUUAGGGACGCGUUGACGCGACUGAAGAGGCUGUAUUCACUGUCAGUUGUUCUAGAGCUUGUGGCUGCGUUCUAUAGAGGUACUGUGAGUCGUUUGCAUGUGGGUGUGGGUCUCGUGUUUUGUAUGAGGUAGGUAUAUUGGUGCUUGUUGGCAG